AUGCACUCCAUCCUUGGCUGGCAAUCCUCCGAGCCCGAGGAUGGGGAUGCUUACAUUCAGUUCAGUCGCAGACUAGUCCGGAUCUUGAAGGAAACCAAGCCGCCGGUAGCAUCCUUGACUAAGACUAACAGUGUCUCCGCCAUUGGUUUUCAUGACAAUAAGAACAAGCCCUUGAGGCGACAGGACUAUGUGCCCAUCACCACAGCCCAGGUCGAGGAAAUGCGGUUGGCGCAUCGAAGUUUUGUGGAAGGCAUUUCCAACUUGACAUUGCCGCACAAAUCUGGAUCUCGUGGUAUAGUCUCGACUGCAGGAGGAUCACACUUGCCAAUCUUCAUCGUCUCCCUCCGCAUGCUGAGACGUUCUGGUAGUGUCCUACCUGUCGAACUCUUCUUGCGAGCUGAUGAAGCGCGCGGCGAUAACUAUCUUUGUCAAGAACUGCUUCCCUCAUUAAACGCGCGCUGCGUAAUUCUGGAUGACUUUUUCCCGUCUGGGUUGAUCAAGCUCGAGAAAUACCAAUAUAAGAUCUUCUCGGUCUUGUUCUCGAGCUUCGAGGAAGUGCUCUUGCUCGAUGCAGACAACUUCCCCGUACAUAACGUGGACCACGUCUUCAAAACGGAACCGUUUACAAAAAGUGGCUUAGUGACAUGGCCAGACUUUUGGAUUUCGUCAGCUUCCGAGAAGUUCUACAAGAUACAGGGAACGAAAGCACCUUUAACCACUGUUAGGGCCUCUACUGAGUCGGGUCAAGUCAUUGUGUCAAAGCGGACCCAUUCGGCAGCACUGCUGGUUGCUGCAUACUACAACUACUACGGUCCUUCGCAUUAUUAUCCCCUACUCACGCAAGGAGGUCCGGGUGAAGGGGACAAGGAAACGUUUCUGGCGGGCGCAGCUGCAGUCGAUGCGCCUUUCUACCAAGUUUCCGCGCCAGUCAGGAUCCUCGGAUACAACGACACCGGGGAGUUGCGCGGAGUAGCAAUGCUUCAGUCAAAUCCUGUUGACGACUACGUUGCGCUGGUUGAACCGAUGCCAUUCACUGUUCAUGCGAACUUUCCAAAGAUGGAUCCUAAUACCUUGUUUAACCAGGAUGGCCCAGCCAUCAACCACCAAACCGGCGAACACCGCCGACUGUGGGGAGAGAAAGAUAAGACCAUCCAGACAUUUGGCAUGGACGUUGAGCGAGAGCUGUGGGAAGAGAUCAGACAUGUCGCCUGCACUCUUGGGGGUGUGUUUGUACAUUGGAAAGCAGAUGCCCCUCGAGAGUGGAAAAAAGGANCAUGUGAAAUGGUGGAGGAGCACAUCAUCAAGGUCUUUGGCGUGGAUGAGGAUGAGAACUCGUUUGGUUCUUACACAACAUAA